AUGAAUUAGUUUUAGGUUAGAAAGUUAAAAGAAACACUACUUAAUUUGCAAUAAGAUAUUAAAUUGAGAUAAGACCAAAAUGUAAUCUAUACCUUUGAAUAGUAAGAUAGUAGUUAUUAGGAAGAUUGUAAUUUGAUUUAUUUUGCAGCAAAGCCUCAAAUUUACAAUGCUAUUAGGAGCGAACCUUACUUCUUAAAAAAGAAAUUUAUAUGCUAUCAAGAUAUGAAUGAUGAUAAAAAUUUGUUUACGAUUUUUUACAAUUAGAAAAAUGAUUUAAAAGAAAUUUCCGACAUUACAAUGGCAUAGCUCUACUUCUUCUAAAAUGAAUAGGAGAAAUAGUAAAUUAUUUAAGAAUAUAAAUACAUACAAAAUAUUCCAUAUCACUCUUGUUUACCAUGUCUCUCUGAUUCACCAUUAAUAUAAUCUUACAAAUUUAUUGGAUUUGAAUAUCCUAACUUUGAAGGUACUAUUUUAGAAUAUUGCAAAUAUUAAAAGUAGCUGAAGCAAGAUUAAAAGAACGAAUACAAAUAUUUGGUUAACAGAUUAAUCAAUUAGCUUUUAGAAGGAAUAAUUUAUAUGCAUAAAUUCAACAUCAUUCAUUAUGACAUUAAUCCAUUUACUGUUUAUGUAAAUGAAUUCGAAGAAGUGGUUUUUUGUAGAUUUGGUAGAGCAUUCAACAAAUAAAACUCUAAGUUAUAAAUUAACUACUAACCUCUAAAAUAUGAUGGUCCAGAGAUAAAAAAAUAAUCUUAGCUAAAUUUUAGAUUUGAUUAUUACUCUGUAGGAAUGCUUAUUAAUGAAAUUUUAUUAGAUGCUUAUUUUGAUAAAGUAUAAUACCAUAUUUAAGAUUAUGAAAUGCUAGACUCGUCCAAUGAUUACUAAAAUAAUUUUUUAUAUUAGUCUCCUAUCAUUUAGGCUAUAUAGCCUUUAUUAAACGAAAAUCCUUCAGAUAGACAUAGCUUUAAUAUAGUACUUUAAAAGUAUAAUUAAGCAGUUCUCUCCUAACAAAAUAUUUUUGAUUCCUAAAAUCAUCUUAACAUAUCAUCUCUAAAUAUGGAAUCAUAUUUAUUAUAAUUUGCAUUUUAAAAUUAAAGAAUAACAAAUGAGUAGUUUGAUAGAAUGAUUAAAAUAGUUAACUAAUUACCUCAAGUGUCAGAGUUGAUUCUAGAUUUUAGGAACUCUACUUUUGAGUAAGAAUAAAUGUUUGAUUUUUUUGAUUCACUAAUAAAAUACUAACCCUAUUGCUUAGCAUUUAGAUUCAAAGUUGGGAACAUUAAUCUAUCUUCUCCUACUUUCUUUAUGAUUACUUAUUAUAUUUUCAAGAAUAAGAAGCUGCAGUUGCUUGAUUUAGAUUUUAAACAUUACUUUUUCAUUGGUAAGUAAAACGAAAUGUUGAAAACCAUAUUUGAAUAACAUAACCUUUGUGAGUUGUACUUAGAUUUUAGUUUUACUGAUGUUAUCUGUCCUAGUUACUUUUAGAAAAAAAAACCAAACAAAAAUAUGAGAAAGGUUGUUCUUAAUUAUAGAAAAUCCUCAAGAUAUUGUGACAAAUCUAAAUUCUUUCUUUUUUUCAUAGAUUUUUCAGUAAAUGCAAAAGAAUUUGUGCUCGAUUUAGCCGAUUCAAGUAUAGAUAGAUACGAUUUUGAUAAAAAUGGGGUAAACGAUAAGCAUAGUUCUAAUGGAAAAAUUUUUAAACUUAAUAUUAAUGGUAACUUUAUAGAUGACACUAAACUAGACACACUUAUCAAUUAUAUCAAAUAUUUUAACUAUUUGAAUACACUUGAGUUAAAUUUUACCUCAUGUGAAAUGACUUGCUCAGAAUUAAUAAAAGUCUUAAGGGAUAUAUAUGAUUAGUUUAAUUAUCUAGUUAAAAUAAAGCUAACUUUCGAUAAAAUUAUGAUCAUGCCAAUAGUGUACAAAGAAUUAAGGAUUCCAAGUCAUUUAAAAGAAUACUCUCUUAGUAUAAGAAAAACAGGGCUUGAAGUUGAUGGCUUUUAAUAUUUACUUGAAAAGACUGCAAUUGUUUACUAAUCAACAAAAAUUUAUUUUGAUAUAAGCUAAAAUAAUUUAAAAAGAGACACCGUUUAUCAGAUAAUCAAUAACUAAUUUAAUCCACUGCCCUUAUAAAGUGAAGCAGAUUCUAUUCAAUUAAGAUUUCAAUAGUAAAGAGAUAGCAUGACAGCUGAUGAUAUUUUACAGGAUGAAUCUGAUGGAUUGACUGUAUAUGUUUGA